AACGGAGCGCGGUGAGCGCGCAGCGGGGCGGCCACUCUGCGGCUCGGCCUCUCCGAGCCCGAGGAGCUCUGUCCCCGGCGACCCUCGUGUCAGGCUCGGGCGUCCGCCCCCUGCCUGUCCCGGCGAGGCUGCGCGGCGUCGGAGUAAUUCCGGACUCUCCCACCGCUGCCUCUUUCCUUCCUUACCCAGGCCUCGGGAAGUUUACCGCGGAAACGAAAGUAAAUAACUCUGCGUGCGUCUGCGCGGAGGCAGUGGCCGCCACAUCCAGGGCACAGCUCAGGGGGAAAAAGUGGUGCAUUUCCGGACAUUCUGAGGGUUCACAAGGAAACCAGCCAUGUCCUUGGAUGACAUUAAGAUGAAAUCUAGUGACUUUUUGGAGAAGGAGCAUCUGGACAGUGGGGGCUUCGGAAAGGUGUCUUUGUGUUUACACAGAUCCCAUGGACUUGUAAUACUGAAAAAGGUGUACACAGGGCCCACGCGCACUGAGUACAACGACUCCCUCCUUGAGGAGGGCAAGAUGAUGCACAGGCUGAGACAUAAUCGGGUGGUGAAGCUCCUGGGCGUCAUCCUGGAAGAAGGGAGCUACUCCCUGGUGAUGGAGUACAUGGAAAAGGGCAACCUGAUGCACGUUCUGAAGGCGGAGGUCAGAAUCCCCCUUUCUGUAAAAGGAAGGAUAAUUAUGGAGACCAUUGAAGGGAUGUGCUACUUACAUGGACAAGGCGUAAUACACAAGGACCUAAAGCCUGAAAAUAUUCUCGUUGAUGAUGACUUUCACAUUAAGAUAGCUGAUCUUGGCGUUGCUUCCUUUAAGAUGUGGAGUAAACUGACUAAAGAGGAACAUAAUGAGCAGAGGAAAUUGAAUAGUGUCUCUAAGAAAAAUGGCGGAACCCUUUGCUACAUGGCCCCUGAGCAUCUGAAUGACAUCAACGCAAAGCCCUCGGAGAAGUCAGAUGUGUACAGCUUUGGCAUAGUACUUUGGGCAAUAUUUGCGAAUAAGGAGCCCUAUGAAAAAAAUGGCAUCACCAUCCACCUACUGAGUCGCUGGACCAGAACCCUUACUCAUCCCAGUCUCAGCUUUGCCGCUUGUCUCCUACAUCCAAUCAGACAUCAAAACCUAUGCAUUGAAGAAAAAUUUAGGCCCUUUUAUGUAGUUCAAUUAGAAGAAAAUGUAGAAGACGAUGUGACAAGUUUAAAGAAAGAGUAUCCAGACCCAGCCCAAAAUUCAUUUGUGAAGAGAAUGCAUUCUCUCCAGAUUGACUGUACAGCAAUACCUCCAAGCAGGUCAAAUUCAGCCCCAGAACAGCCCAGCUCACUGCACAGUUCCCAGGGACUUGGGAUAGGUCCCGUGGAGGAGUCCUGGUUUGCUCCCUCCCUAGAGAACCAGCAGGAGGAGAAUCAGCUCAGCUUGCAGAGUAAACUCCAGGAGGAAGCCAACUACCAUCUUUUUGGCAGCCGCAUGGACAGGCAGACAAAACCGCUCAGACAGAAUGUGGCUUAUAAUAGAGAGGAGGAAAGGAGACGAAGGGUCUCCCAUGACCCUUUUGCACAGCAGAGACCUUAUGAGAAUGUUCAGAACCCAGGAGUAAAAGGCCUUCCUUAUUCUAGUGCAACCAGUCCUGGUAAUGCACUACACCAACCCACAGGGCUAACCAGCCAACCCCAAGUACUAUACUGGAACAAUGGACUGUACAAUCCAUUCCCUUUUGGAACAAGACCACAGGAUCUGGGAACAGCAGGUUCAAGAGUUUGGUAUGGGCCAAAUCCAAGCCAUAUGCCAAGCGUGCAUAAAACUCCAGUGCCUGAGACCAACCUACUGGGAAAUACACCCACCCUUCCAUUCAUCUCCGUCCCAUCAAGAGAUGAGUCUGCAAAAUGUACCAUAUACAACAGUGCUGGCAUUCAGGUUGGAGACCAUAAUUAUAUGGAGAUUAGUGGAAUGAGUUCAGUGCUACCAGACAUGAACUUGAAAGAAGAGCCAGCUUCUAAGUACCAAGAUAUCUUUGAAAAUAUCACUAGUCUGACUGAUAAACAUCUGAACCCAGUCAGGGAAAAUCUGGGAAAGCAAUGGAAAAACUGUGCCCGUAAGCUGGGCUUCACUGAACCUCAGAUUGAGGAAAUUGACCACGACUAUGAGCGAGAUGGACUAAAAGAAAAGGUUUACCAGAUGCUCCAAAAGUGGCUGAUGAGGGAAGGCAAUAAGGGGGCCACGGUGGGAAAGCUGGCCUAUGCGCUCUACCAGUGUUCAAGAAUAGACCUCCUGAACUAUUUGGUACAUAUCAGCCAGAGCUAACUCCAGAAGGGGCUUUGGCAGCAUGAGGUAAUCUCCUCACCUAGUAAGUAACCCGCUGGAAGUGUGCUGCCUCAGAUCCUUCAGAAUUCUCUCCUCAUUGAUACAGGUUCUCUGCAUAAAAAUCUCCCGCAUUCCAUAGCUGGAGAAUGGGAAAGAAAUCUACAGCGAACAACCUACUAACCAGGAAGACCUAUUAAUGGCUGAGACCCACUCCAAAAAGAAGCCUAAUUGGGUUUUGAAAGGGAGAGAUCCUUGAGGAAGAUAAUUUUCUUUCAGUUCAUUCCGUAACCUUCCGCAAUGACAUUCAUUUAAUUUCCUGGAGUUUUGUUUCAGCAAGAGAAAAAAAAAUUCAACUUUCUUAUUUUAUGCUCUCUUCUCCACAUAGGUUCCUGUCAUCACCAAAGUACAGUGAAAUUGUGAGUUCUCUUCAACUAGUUUUUUUUUGGUAUUCUAACCACAGUUCAUUCCAAAACUCUAAGGUCUGUUAACUUCAGUAUCAAAUGUUGUGUCAGUCACCACAGGCUUCAAGAAUUACAUGCAGUCUCCACUCCAUAAAUUAACUGAAGGGAUUUUAAGGAGUACUAAAACAGAAAAAAAAAAAA